GUGUAUUCAUGUGGCUCCUUGUAAUUAUGCAACAAUCAGCCUGUCUAUUAACAGAGGUUAAAGAUAGCCAGACUCAAGAGAGGGAAAAUCUGCUGAGGCCUGUGAGACACAGUGGUCUCUUGACAUCACUGUGAGAUUUCACUGUGGUUUUGACUCUCAUCAGUGGGAAGUGAUAGUCACGAUUAGGUGGAGAAGUUGUACAGUUUGAAAACUGAAAUUUAAGGAAAAUUCUUCUGGUGAUUCAAUCGCAUCAUGCCUACUGAGAGACACCAUCAGAUUACAGUUAACAGUCAGUAGUGUAAUUCAAAUGCAACAAUGAAUGGACUCUCUAGGACAACUCUGGAUCACCAGGACACAAAGAGAAUACGUGAUGCAUGGAAAUCCAGAAUACAUAACUUCAUCCAGAGUCCAUUACCAUGGAAGAAAAUCACCAGACACAGAAUAAAUGAAGCAAGCCCACUGGGAGAAUCUCUUGAGACACUUCUUUCCCAGAAACAUGGACAAAAAGCAUUUCGGGACUUUAUGAAGUCAGAGUACUGUGAGGAAAACCUGGACUUCUGGUUUGCAUGUCAAGAGUUCAAAACCUUUGACAGUCAAGAGGAGCUAACACGGAGAGCAGCAAGGAUUUAUGAAGAGUUCAUCAGUGCAGAGUCGCCUAGACAGGUAAACUUAGAUUUCUACACGAGAGAGCUCAUCAGCCAGAGUCUCCAGCAACCAAGUCCAUCAUGUUUUGUUGCGGCACAGAAGAAAAUCUACAGCCUGAUGGAGAACGAUUCCUUCCCACGCUUCAUCCAAUCUGAACAAUACAAAGUCUUAUUUGAUGCAGUUUCUAAACAGAGAGGUCUUGGGAAGCAGCAGCAGGCCAGACACAGAGCAUACACUUCCCCUUGCCUCAAAACGUUUCCUCAACAACAUAAUGUUUGACAAGACUGAAAGCUGUGCCAGUGAAUGGUCAUACUAUGCUGCAGGGCAUUGCCAUAUAGGUGCACACUGAAUGCUGGAUAUAUUUUGAAUGUUAAAUUUAAUAUUUAUGAAAUGCAUAUGGCCUGUUAAAUGCAUAAGGACUGUUGUGUAUUUUGAGUUUUCACUUAAACAAUAUGUAUUUUUAAAAAUUAGAUGAUCCUGACAUGCAGACAUCAUGAAGCACUGCAAUGCUACAGACUUUAUCUUUUGUGUUAAAAUAAUGAAAACUGUCUUCAUGGGUGUCAUAAAAAAAUGCAUCCUGUUUUCACAGUUGGUGUACUACUGCCACCCAGUGGUGACUUGGAAAACCUGCAAACAAAAAUAAAUUUUGAGCUACUUGGCGAAAGAUAAGUUAUACAGACUGUGUGUCAUUAUGAGGAAAAAGCGAUAAUUUCCGAACUCCUCAACUGUUGACAACUGAAAUGACAUGCACCAGAAAGACACUAUCAAGAUGUUACCAACAGUAACUCUGUAUUCAUGGAGGUUUGGUUUCAACUGUAACCUGUUGUAUAUUAUAUAUCCAAGUCAGUUUUAUUUUUAAAAAAUCCUAAGUAGAUCAGACAAAUUCAUUUUAUUUCGGUCCUUUUGAAGACACAUCUUGAAAAUCCAUUCAUCCAUCCAUUAUCUAUACUGCUUAUCUGUUAAGGAUUGUGGGGGGUGCUGGAGCCUAUCCCAGCUGACAUUGGGCGAGAGGCGGGGUAUACCCUGUACAGAUUGCCAAUCAGUAUAGAAAGGCCUGAGAGCCUUACUGCAUUAUACUCCAUUAUACUUUGAAUUGUCAAAUGAUGCCUGAAUUUGAAAAAAUGAUAACUUCACAGUGGAGGAAAUCCAAUCUUGGACAUUUGAAUGUUUUAUUGAUGCGUUUUCUCUUUAUGCAAGGAUAAUGUGUUUAAUUUAAUCUGUGUCUGUGCCUCUUAUUACUUUUGUCUCUUGUCUUGUUUUUUUGUGUGUCUGUGUAGGUAUGUAAGUAAACGAGUAAACAAGAAUUAUUC